AUGGUUCUUCGGCAGUUGCCCUUAUAUUUGUUAUUCAUUUUGUUAUCGAGGUUAUUAGCCCUUGCAGUAGGUAAUCAGCAGAGUAUUAUUAUUACGGAGUAUGACAAAUAUUUGUUAGCCAGAGACAGUUACGGCAAUGACGAUAGUGACUUUCCUUUCACAACCGUAGUCGAUAUAUUGUCUCAAAAUGUAGAGUUCUCUACCUUUCUAAGAAUACUUCAGCGAAACGGUGAUAUUCCUUACUUAAAUGAGUUAGAGAAUUUCACGAUUAUUGCUCCUGUUAACUCUGCAUUUGUAUUUGACAAUAAUAUCGAACUAGAGGACAUUACUUCCUUGAUAGGGAGAUUUGACGUUAAUGAUUACAUAGUGCAUGACCAUGUUAUUGAUUUACGAGAGUACGAAUGGGGGGUUUAUGUGUUUGCAACUCCAACUCAUCCUUUUACUAUUGACAUUAAGACGAAUGGGUUCGCUAGAAUAAAUGAUGUGCGAGUGGUUGAUCGCAAUAUGUUUCCAAAUAUGCAAAAUGCGUCUGUUUUAGCGGUGGGAUCGUUACUUCCGAAGCUGCCGAGUCUCCAUUCAAUGAUCACAUCAUUAGGAAAUGAUCAAAAUCAGUUCAAUCUUAGCGUCGUUUCCCGUCUGUUUGAACUUGUCAAGGGCAGUCUUGGAGACACAUCGAAUGUGACCAUUCUGCUACCUACAAAUGAAUGUUUCGAAAAUAGCUUUAAUGAAUUGGAGUUAAAUUAUCUUUUAAAGGAUUUCAAAUACUCUGAUAAGGAUUGGUUUGUUGACAAAUUGUUUUUGGCCAAUAAAUUAAGGCUAUCCGGAGUUCAUGGUGGAAUGUUAGACCCAAAGAACAUCACAAAUCUUAAUAAUGAACGUAUAGAGUUGUCUUCAAAGAAACAUGGUAAUCAUAUUUCAGUGAAUAAGACCGAUACACAGCUGAGUAACAUACUUUAUGACAAGGGCGUCGCUCACGUAUUUGACAACAUUUCCGCAUUGGGAAGUGGGAUAAGAUUCAAUGCAGCUAAAUACCUUUUGGGAUUGAAUGCCUCUGAUUUUGUUAAUGAACUAUAUUUUAGAAAUUUGAAACAUUUAAUCGACUCACCAGAUGGAGAAUACACCAUAUUUCUACCGCAGUCUUUCGAUACCGAACUCUCUGAUUUUUCACGGAAUAAUUUACUUUACCACUUUGUUAAUUCUAAAAUUUGGCUAAGUAAAGAUUUCCUGGAUACAUCUGAUCAAUAUCAGCUUACCAAAAUGUACAAUUCAAUGUUUUGUUCCUCGUACAGAAAACUUGGUAGGAAUUGUCAAAGGUUAAGAAUUACAAAGUCAGAAGAUAACAACUAUACUAUAAAUGAUAGAUUUCGCCUCUCAGAUCCAAUUCCGUACCAGAUUGACAAUACCUUGAUAUACGUUAUUGAUGAUGGGUUGGAGUUACCUGGCGAUAUGAUCCAUUCUGUGAAUCCAUUUUUACAUUGUUCAAGUUCCCUAAGAUUUUUGCAAAAACUAAAUUUAUUAGGAUUGAAACCCAAUUAUGAUGGCUAUACCGUUUUUUUGCCAUGCUUUGACUCCUGGAGUGACAUGGAAUUAAAUGUAGAUUACCUGCGGCGCAACAUUUCAGCUUUAACUGUUACUAUGAAAAACCUAAUUCUCAAUGGAAUUUUUUAUACUGAUGAUAUCCCAAAAUCCGUAGAUGUCACUAACUUAUACGGUGAGCAAGUGUAUCUGACAUCAGAUAGCGAUAAUACUUCAGAUCAUGAAAUAGUACUGAUAAAUUUAUCCACUUUAAGGGGGAAUCUUAAUCUAAAGAAAAAUAUGGAUAUUAUGUUUAACCAAGGCGUCAUCCAUCCCCUAACUAGUGUCCCUUAUCCCAAUUCACUAGAAAUCUCUUUGAGAAAUCUGAUUGAAACGACAGAUAAUGCUGGUUUCCUGCAUCUGCUGGAUAAAUUUCAAUCAUUUAAAGAUAUUAUUGAUAUUAAUGGCCCUUAUUCAUUUUUAAUCCCGACCCCCAAAUCCUUCAUAGAUAGUAUUAAUUUGAAUUCAACAAACAUAGAAGAUCUUCUCUUGUUGCACAUAAUUCCAAAUGAAUUUACAGAUGCAAUUUUAAAUUGUGGCAAAGAUAUCCACACGAAAUUGGGACCUAUUUUGAAUUGCUGUGAGAUUUCCUCUCAAAAUUACGUAUUAAAAAUUAAAGAUGGACAAGAUAAAGAGGUUAGAAUAUUGAAGAAGGGUUGUACGUCAAUUAAUAACCAGUCUUGUGUAUUUCUCAUAGACAAACCAUUUUCUUUGGAUUGGAUAAAUAGGGAAAAGUACCAUGUCUUCCUCCCAGGACUUUCAUUUGCAAUUGGAUUAAUAAUAGGUAUCAUAUGCUUAUUCCUGAUUUUCAUUUUAAUUAUUACUGGCUUAAAUAUAAGACAGCACCAUAAAGCAGCAUAUACUGAUAGGGAUCCAAAUGAAACUACGAGGCUGCUACAUCAAAGCAAUUUGCAAACUUCAAAUAAGCCACAUAAAAACCUUAAAACAAAUUACGGCUCAACUGGAAAUAAUGUCGAAAAUAGUCGUCCGUUCGAAAGUUUAUACUCCGAAAAUUCAAGCUCAGCUCCCAUUAAGAUCUCUCACAGUCUAACAGAAAGAAUUUCUCAGGAUGAAAACAACCUUAAUGGAAUAAACCAAUGA